AUGUCAAUAGCAAGGUUUGAAGUGGAGAAAUUCGAUGGCAAAGGAGACUUUGGACUAUGGAAGGCCAAGAUCAAGGCGAUUCUCGACCAGCAGAAAGCUCACAGAGCCCUCCUUAACCCAUCAACACUCUCUGCCACUAUGACAGCUCAAGAAAAAGAAGACUGGGAGCUGGCAACCUAUGAUCAAGAAACUGCAUAUAGGAUAUGGACUAAGCUAGAAGAGUUAUAUGCUACUAAAGAUCUUCCUAGCAAAAUGUAUCUUAGCGAGAAAUUCUUCACAUUUAAAAUGGAUUCAUCUAAAACUUUAACUAAUAAUUUUGAUGAGUUCAAGAAAAUUGUUGCUGAAUUUAAAACUCUAGGAGAAAAACUUAGUGAUAAAAAUGAGGCCUAUGUGCUUCCAAACUCCUUGCCUGAAUCCUAUAAAGAAAUAAAAAAUGCUCUAAAGUAUGGAAGAGAUAGUAGAAGCACAUACACUAUAAUCUCAGCCCUAAGAACUAGAGAGCUAGAGUUACAGAUUGAUAGAAAGAAUCAUCCUAAUGGUGAAGGUAUGCUAGAUGCUAUUAGGUGUGAGUACAGGGGUAAAGGAGGAACCCUUGAGGUGCUAAAGGAUACUAAAGUAAUAUUACUUGGGAAGAAGAUAAAUGACUUAUUUGUGGUCAAAUGA